GACGCAGCAGCGACCUCGCCGCCCGAAGCGCCAACUGCAGCAGGAGAUCUAGAGGCUAAGCUAGACCCAAUAAGCGUGGUUCUAACCGGGAUGGCACAGCUGCAGACUGUAGUCUCGGAGCUAGCAAGCCCUAAGUCAACGGUGAAGUACGAAGUUAUAAAACCAGGGGUAAAUGCCCUACCUGAUCUCCCGAGUCACGGACCCGAGUCGUCCUUAGCCUUCGCCGACUGGUUGCACUCGUCACGACCCGCCCUCGCGGAUGUGUCAGACACCUCCGAGGAGCUUUGGCAGCGAACGGUGGAAGAAGCCACUAGUUGGUAUAACGGCUACUUAAGAAUGGACCCGCUAUCACGACUCACAGCCAAGCCUGAACCCUCGGCUGAGCUGCGCCAGGUGAAGUGGAUGCGGGUCUCGCGUCGCAUAGAAACGAUGAUAAUAGCCGCUGCCCCGCAAGAGAUCCGCGAGGAGGUUAGUGCGUCUAGGACGUCAGGCCUUCUUCCCCUGGUGUGCCGGUUGUUCAUAAUUUAUGGUCCGGGAACACUAAUGGAGCGAGAGCUAGGCUUGAGGAACAUCUCAGAUCCUCCAACGGGGGCCACGAUUCAGGAAACAGUGGAUAUUCUACGUAAGUGGAAGCGUUGGUGUGCUAGGAUGACGGAGCUGGGGGGAGUACUACCAGAUAGUGCCAUCCAGGUUCGCGCUUUGACCAAGGCAACGAAGACGGUGCUGUCUCAGCACCCAGAAGUCGCCUUUAGGAUCAACCUCUCCCGGGCUUCCCUCCAGGUGGACAUGACUCCGGACGACACCAAGGUGAUGAAGCUGCAUGCGCAGAUGCUCAGCGAGCUGGAGUCAAUGUCCCAUCGAGGGGAUAAGGCUAAGGGGGGAGACAAGGAUUCCGCGCAAGCCCCGGCUAAGGACCUGCAGAUCAAUCGGCAUCCACUAAGCCACCUUGUUCGUUUUAUACCGGCAGGAACCAAGGCAGAGGCCAAGGCUCAACCUAAGGCUCCACGACAACCCAAGAACACUCCCGAAGGACAGCAGCAGCCAACAGCUCCGGUGGGGGAAGCAAAUGCGACACAGCAACAGAUCAAAAGCAUGCUCGCCGACGCCGCCAGGUUUCUGCAACAGGCGAUUCCCCCCACGGGAGACGCUCCACCGACAGCAUCUCCUAUUGCGGCCACUCCGGUGGCACCUCCGGCUAAGGCGGCGUCUGCAAGUGCCUUUCAGGGUACCCCGGUUACAUUGGCAUCCUUGAGCGCGCAGCUGGAGUCCUUAAGAGCUAUGACGGGUAACCCUGAGGCUAAGAUGACCACCUUCCCUGACAAGGUGCCGGUGACACUCGCGGGAGACGCCAAGCAGGAGUGGCUGCGAACGGAAGGCGUGUCGGGCAACACCUGCCCUUACCUCCAGGAACAGCAAGCCCUCCAGCUAAUAGCAGAGCUAGAG